AUGGCGACUAGUAUGACGCCGAGCCAGCCACCGCCCUCCGGGCCCGGGUCUAGGCUCCGCAUCCCCGCGACCACUUCUGCUUCAAACAACACCACCACUACCACCAAGGCCGGCGCCGGACCGGAAACGGUCGUGGACUCCCCCGCGUCCCCGUCCUCGACCAACGCCCUGGCGCGCUUCGAGUUCGAGCUGGGGCGCGGGAACGAGGGGACAAAGAUACUGAUGGUAGAAUGGAAACCCGACAGCGGGCUCGAACCUCCUAGGGUGGCCACUACUACCACCACGGGCUGGGUCGUCUCCUGGGAAGGCAAGACCACGACCUUCUCCCUCAGCGAGCGCGACGCCUCCGGCGCAGCAAGCUUCUUAACCACAGCCGCAGCCGCAGGGCCUACACAGCGCGUCUACUUCCUCCUGCCCUCCGACGCGCCCAUCCCGCCCGUGGUGACGAUAACGCACGCGGCGACCAGCCGCGUACUAAACACGAAGUGUAUGCCUGCCAUCUUCGCGCCGGGCCUCGGCGUCAGCCAGCGCGACGCCGGCAAGCGCGGCGUGCUGCACACCAUCUGGGCGAAAAAGCGGCUCGCGCAGCUCGAGGACGAGGUCCGCGCCGAGCUGGCCGACAACGCCGAGGGCGUCGGGCUCGAGAUGGCCGUCCAGGAGCGCGAGUGGAUCAUCGACCACUUCGGGCUCGUGGGCGUCGACCCCCUGGCCGACGGCGUCGACGAGCAGCGGAGAAAGAGGAACAACGCGGGACCCGGGGGCGCGGGCGCGCCGCCGCAGAGCCCGCGGUCCCCGGUUGGGGGACGCCUGGGCGAGAAAUUGAGGGGGCUGAGGCUGUCGACGUCGCUGGCCGAGUUGGCGAGUAGCACUGCUGGCACGACAAACGCCAACAUGCGCCAGCAGCACCCCUACCAGUCCCUAUCGCCCGACACAUCCCACACCGCCGUGCCGCGGACAGCAGUGCCGGUGGUGCCUGGUGGUGGUGGUGGGGGUGGAGGGGUAGCAUCCCUCGCCGCCGUGAUGGAUGGCACCGGUAGUAAGCAGCAGCCGGCGUCCGCGCCCGUGAAGGAGACCGAGGACGAGCUGUUCGCGCUGCCGAUGAGCCCGCGCAGUCCCGAGAUGAAGACGAGUCCGUUUAGCUUCUUGAAGUGA